AUGUCGCAUGCAUGGCGCAUGCUGGAGGUUCCCAUGGCUGCUGUCGCAUUGGGCGUUGCCGUCCUGUCUCUGGUUUACAAAGCUGUGGGCGUCCUUUGGAUCCCUAUCCUUGGCCCUGCCAUCACCGAGAUGUUCAAGGGGACGCCUGACGCCUACUACCCACGGCAUGGGACGGCUGCAGAUGGCACGCCGGCUAGAGAUGAGCCGGCCUACACCAUCCUGUACGUGUGCAUGUACGGCGUGCUGGGCACGGCGGGCCAGCUAGCAGGCUGGCGCCUGUCGUCGAUGUUUGCUUCCCAAGGGGCCAGCCACCGCCCUUUACUUGGCCCGCAAGGUGCAUGGCUCAUCAAACUCUACGCCAGCUUUCACACCACGAUUGCCGUGCACCACCUCCUGUACGCAGCGCUUGGGCCAGAUCGGUAUGGCAAGCUCGAGCUGCAUCGCGUGGGCCUGGGCCAGCACUAUGGCUACCUCAUUACCUUCCUGGCGGCCCUCUGUUGCCUGGCCUAUGCCCUGCGCCUUCUCGUUGGCACAGGUGCGGACACACCGGCUGCAGACGUGCUUCAGAUCAAGACCGUGCUUGAUACCGCCUCUGUUGCAACAGUUCUGGAGAUGGCAAUCUUCGUCCCAGCCAUCAUGGCCGAUGUUCCUCUACCCCGAGCGAUUGUCUGCUGGACAUGGCGCAUCACUAUGUCCAGUAUUCCUCUCAUCUUUGUUUUUGAUCGCCUUACAACUCGCAAGCUCAAGAGCUGA